CUUUCUUGUUCACUAAUACUUCAAGUUCCUCGAAGUCACGAGGUUAAAAUCAAAAGUGAAAGUUAUUUUAUGCACUACACAGGGCGCAACCAUCUGGGUUCAACACAACAUAUUAGCACGGAUUUUCCAUAAUAACCGAAAUAAAAAAAAGACACUGUAGCACGAUUUCAGAGUGUGAAAUCUCAGAAUCCUCGUUCCCCUGAGACACGAACUGUCACUUCAACAGGACAGGUGAGCAAUCAAAGUUUCUGAAAUAAGAGUCAUACAAGUAUGAUCACGCUUCAAUCAAUAUAGGUCGACCUAAUUUUCUGAAUAAUGACGGAAAAAACACUGAUUUUGGAGGGUCUGCCAGACGACCUAGACAAAAUUAGAUCCAAGUUGGAUUUGUACUUCAAAAACAAAAGGAGGUCUGGAGGAGAGGUAUUACAAAUUCAAGACUAUCCUGGGGACAAGAAGAAGGCUCUGCUCGUUUACCUCGAAGAUGCAUCUCUGCAGAAAGUGUUGGCUAAAAGAGAUCAUAAGAUAGAUUUUAAAAAACCCAUUGGGGUGGUUGAGCUUCAAGUGAAGCUGAAAGAGAAUGGAGGUGAAACAAAAUUGAAGAAUGUUAAACCACCUCUGACUCUUGUGGGAAAAUCUGCACUCAACACCGAAGAGAAGCAGCCAGUGUCAGACAGUCAAGCAGAUUCAGUGGAGGAUAAGGAUAUUAAAGCAAACACACAUACACUGCUUGUUAGAACCACAAAGGAACUUGAAAAGGAGCUCCUUAAAUUGUAUUUUGACCAGUUUGCAUCAGAAGAAGAAGGGGCCAGCAUUACAAGACAUGGCAAGAAUAGCUGGAUCCUCAAACUGUCCUUUCAGUCAGAUGCAGAGAAAGUCCUUGCCAAGAAGGAGCAUCAGUAUGGCAUUUCUGUGGAGGUGUACAAUGAGACUGCUGUGGAAGGGAAACUGGACAACAGGCGCUUCAUCCUGACUGGGUUUAAUGAGAUCUGCAAGUGCGAUAUCAUCUCUCUGUUCAUUGGCAGCUGCAGCCAAGGGGCUGAGCAUGCCUGGGAGACCCUGGACGAUGGAGACAGAGUAGUGGUCAGCUUCAAACAGAACAUUGACAUAAAGUCUUUCCUUAGGAAAUGUUCAUCAAAGAAGUACCAGGGCAUGGAUAUCGGGGCGUGUCGUUUAGAGCUGACAGACUCUGUGCUUGUCCAGGGGGACAUGAGCCAAAUCAAAGGAGGAGUGGAAGAGGCCCUCAAUCUCUACUUCUCUAGCAAAAGGAGCAAAGGAGGAGAUAUCAAGUCCCAGAUCUGGGUUACCAAGGGCAAGAGCAUGGUCAUCACCUUUGAAGACUGUCAUGUUGCCUAUCAGGUUGCGGAACACAAGCAUCAUUUCGGUGGGGUGGACCUCAUAGCUCAGCUAUUCUACUCCAGUCUGCAGAAGGCGUUAACAGGGCAAACAGCCCCCCAAUCAGACAUCCCUUCUAACAUAGCCCUUUGUCUCAGUUCAGCACUUUUCGACUUCAUUAAAUGUGAUGAAGCCCGCAAGCAGGAUUUAACAACUGGACUACGUAAGGUCAAUGCUAGCGUCUCCUUCAAUAUGAUCACAGAACCCCCACAGAUGGAGCUGGAUAUGACCAUGGAGAAGGAGUCCUUGGGCAUGCUCAGACUGGGCCCUAAAUGGGGAAGAAUUGCCCAGAGAGAGGCUCUGGCCUUGCUAGAGAAAUACAAAGAGGUUCAGCUGCCCACAGCGGUGGAGGUCUGGGAAAGGGUUGAGAAUAGUUGUCUUGGUCUCAAAUCCUCUGAUGCCAGCAUAUCUUACAAGAAAAGCAAUGGUGAGAUUGUGGUGGUAGGAGUGCAGAAUGAGGUGAAGACCCUUGUGGAGAAGAUUGAGCAUAUGGUGAAGAAGGUCAGUGAUGAGCUUCAGAUGGAGAGGAACACAAUAGUAAGAAAAAUCUCACUGGACUCCAAAGAGAAGUUUGAGAUCAUCUGGGAUCUUGUCUCUGGCAAACUAGUGGACGUGGAGUUUUCCAAAGAUGAAGAAAGCUUCAUUAUAUGUCUAAAGGGUUUGGAGAACAAGGUUAGUACCGCAGAAGGUGUUGUCCAUGAGGCAAUGGGGAAUGUUGAAACCAGACUGCUUAAUAAUGUAUCAGUGCCUUUGAUGGAGUUCUUGAAAUCUCUGGACCUAAAAAAGUUUGAGAGGAAACAUUUUGCCCAGAACCACAUAUCGUCUGUAUUCCUCCUUAGUGAUGGUUCCAUACAGAUCCUUGCAGAAAGAGCUGAUAUCCAGAGAGCUGAAGACACAUUACAUGAGGUCAUCAAAGAGGAAGUCAUCAAACUCACACCAGACCAAGCCCAUUUGACCAAUGACGAACAAUGGGCACAGUUCUUUGCCAUACUUAAUGGAGACCUCAAAUUCACCAAGAACAACCACAAUGUCAGCAUCUCCGUAACACAGGAGAAGAUUGGAGUCUGUGGAUUCUCCAGUGUGGUGGCAGAUGUGGCAGGGAAGUUGAGGGGAUACCUGGACAACAAGAAGCCGGAAACAGUGGAUGUCUCUCUCAAAUCAGUCCAGGAAGUAGAGUUUGUGGCCUCUUGCAUGAACCUCUCAGAGGUCCCUGAAAUCAAGGCUCUGGGCGUGACUAUACUGCCAUGCAAAACACUAGGAUCUCCUUGUCUGAAGAUCACGGCAGCGAGUGAUAAAAUCAAAGAGGCCGUAGAUGCAGUGAGACAGCAGGUCAGUACAAUUACAACGGAGAAGUACACAUACUCCAAGGCCGGGGAGUCCAAAGUCCUAGAGAAAAACCAAGCGGAUCUGCAGGCUAAGUUCAAGGAUUUGGGGUGCAAACUCUACCUAUCACCAGUGAUUACCCACUGUCAGAAAUACAGAUACAACAUUGAAGGUUGCGUCACUUUAACUGUUGGUCAGGGUAACAUCUCCCAACAUGCUGCAGAUGCUUUGAUCUGCCCUCUGAGCAGCAGUCUGUCCUUUGAUACUCCGAUCGCUAAGCAGUUCCUUCAGAUUGGUGGGCCUGAUAUCAGGAAGGUGUUUGACAAGUUCCUGAAGGAGAGGCAGACUCUACAGCCAGGAGAUGUGGUCUUGUCCAACCCAGGCACCCUUGGAGCUCAGCACCUCAUCUAUGCAGUGCUUCCAGUAUGGGGGAAGGACACCUCAACUCUUAGAAAUAUCAAUCUACAGUCGACGGUCCAGGACAGUUUACUGAAAGCAGACAUCAAGAAGUGCGUCUCCAUAUGGAUGCCAGCGAUGGGGUGCGGUACCUUUGGUUUUCCCGUCACAGAGAGCUGUGCAGCAGUUAUCAAGGGAGUCCUCGGUUUCAUUAAACAGAAACCUCAACACCUGAGGAACAUAUUUGUUUGUGACUCUGAUGCCAAGAUAGUGGGGGAGUUCCAGUCAGCAAUUGAAGGAGAGGGUUAUCGUCGACAACAAAUAACCAACAAAACAGCAACAGGCACAACUCCAAAUGCUCCCUCUGAAGCCACUGCCCCACAUAACACACAUCCACCACCACCCCUAGUGGCUAAACCAGGCUCAGACAUCAAAGUGAUUAUUAGUGGAGUGUCAGUGUUCCUGAAGAAGGGAGACAUCACCAAAGAGACAGUGGAUGUCAUAGUGAAUUCCAACAACCAUCAUCUGAAUCUUAAUUCUGGUGUGUCUGGAGCCAUCCUAAAGGAAGCUGGGAAAUCAGUAGUGGACGAAUGCAGAAGAAUGGUACAAUCACUUGGUGUCCUGAAGGACAAUGAUGUUGUGUUCUCAUGUGGUGGGAAACUGAACUGCAAGAACAUAGCUCAGAUAGUUGGGCCCAAGAAUGCUGCAAAUAUCACUACCUCCAUAGAGAAUGUCCUUAAUCUGUGUGAGCACAGGAAGGCAGUCACAAUGUCCAUUCCUACUAUUGGCACAGGGAAAGGUGGCAUUGAGCCCAAAGAUUCCAUCAAGGCCAUACUAAAAGGACUGGAGAGUCACAUAUCACAGAUGCCUUCAUCCAGCAUCAAAAUCAUCUUUAUAGUGGCCUUUGAGCAAAAGAUCUUUGACCUCUUGAGAGAUUACUUUAACGAAAGGAACCUGGGCCCACACAAAAUCGAGCAGGCAAAGGCUACAUCACCAUCUACACCUUCUCAGUCAAGUCUUCCCCCAAAUCAAGUUAAAAUCCAUGGUGUCAGAAUUGAAGUGAGGAGAGGUGACAUCACUCAAGAAACUGUCAGAGGGAUCGUGAAUACCACCAACUCAAGUAUCAGCUUAACAAGAGGAGUUAGUGCUGCGAUUCUCAAGGCAGCUGGGAGCGCAGUUGAACAGGAGUGCAAAACCAUUUGCCCUCUGAGGGCUGAUGCAGCAGGGGUGACCAGUGGAGGGGCCCUGCAGUGUGACUUCAUCCUCCACAUGCUGGGGCCCCACUCUGUGGCUGACACUACACUACGAGUCACCAAGGUGCUGAAGUGCUGUGAGGACAAACAGAUCACAACCGUGUCCUUCCCUGCUGUGGGCACUGGAGGUGGAGGCCUUAAUGGUGCCGACUCCAUUGGUGCCAUCCUCCAGGGCAUCCAGGAUCAUCUAUCACAGUGCCUCGUUCCUACCAUCAUCAAACUGAUCUACAUUGUCAUCUACGAGAACAAGGUCCUGCAGGAGUGUCAGCUGGGGCUCAACCAGUGGAAGACUAGACAGAUGGAUAAAGAUGAUCUUUGUAGUGAUGAUGAUGAUGAUGAAGACAGUGGCUCUGAGGAUGAUUUUUAUGAUGAUGACACCAGCUCUGGGGAAGGAGAGGGCAGCAGUGGCCAGACAGGAAACACCAUUGAAGCAGUAAUUGGGCCAGUGAAGGUCAAGGUGGUAUGUGGGGACAUCACCAAGGAGAAAACUGACGCCAUCGUCAGCAGUACAAACUCAAGCCUCGAUCUGAGCUCAGGUGUUUCAGGAGCCAUUCUAAAAGCUGCUGGACAGUCGGUUGUGGACGAGUGCAAAGCUUUAGGGACCCAACCCAAUGAUGGUGUUGUCAUGACCAAACCUGGAAACAUCCAGGCCAAGCACAUCAUUCACAUGGUGGGGCAGACCAAGGAAGAGGAGAUCACCAGCUCCAUGCUCAAGGUGUUGAAGAUGUGUGAAGACAAGAAAAUCCAGUCGGUCUCCAUCCCAGCACUUGGAACAGGUGCUGGUAACUUGGGAGCAGUGGAGGUUGGGAAUGCAAUGUUGCAUGCAAUAACUGAGCUACAGAAAACCAUCGGAACCCCAUCAGUUAAAACGAUUCACAUUGUUAUAUUCCAAACCAAGAUGAUGAAGGACUUUGAUGAGGUUAUGAAAAAGUUCAAAAAGGUGACACCCAAGACUGCUGCCAAAAAGUUAACAAAAACGGUCCAACAAACCACACCAGCCCAGCCUGCUCCUACCAAACCAGCCUUGUGUUUGGCCAGCGCCACAGCAGCGGUGGUCUUCCCCAGUAUGGAGGCUAAGGUGUACGGGUCCUCCCCUGCUAGCCUGGCUCAGGUGAAGAAACUUCUGGACGAGCUGGUCUCUGAGGAGUGCGUUAGCCAGGACCUGCCCUCCAGCCACUUGCCCCUGCUGCUGGAGCCGCAGAAACAGGCCAUCGUGGCCCUGAGCCAGAAUAACCAGGUCCGUGUGCUGGUAGCAUCCCCAAACAAAGUCACUGUCUCUGGGAAGAAAGACAACGUUUUUUCCGCUGUCCUCCAGAUUAAGGAUUUUCUGCUGGGGGCGAGGGACAGGGAUAACCGGGAGGGAGAGGAGAAGAGGAUGAGGGAGACGGUGCGCUGGGAAGCCGGGGAGGGAGAGGUCUGGGGAGAGCUGGAUCAGAGUCUCAGCUAUGACCUGGAGCUGGCCUGCCACAGGAAAGACAGUAGUUUUAAAUACAACCACCAGGGGGAGACAUUCACUGUUGAUCUGAGCCGAAUGCAGCAGACUAACAGUAAAGGGACCAUCACCAGGGUCAAAAGGAGCCUUGUGGCAGAUUCUGACACAGCUGUCAUUCAGUUCCCACGUAGCUGGACCAGAAUGGACGGCAAGGAUCUGGAGAUAGUCACACUGCCUCCUAACUCAGUGGAGUACCAGAGCAUAGAGAAGGAAUUUGUUGCAACCUCCAAGAAACCAAAUACUAAAACACAAUCAACCGUUCAGAUUGUCCAGAUCCAGAGGAUUCAGAGCAAGGACCAGUGGCAGAGGUACGCAGUGAAGAAACAGGCAUUGGAUAAGAAGUAUCCUAAAAGCAAGAAUGAGCUGAACCUUUACCAUGGCACCACCAAAGUCAUCUGUCAGAAAAUCAAUGCCUGUGGUUUCAAUAGGAGCUUCUGUGGGAGAAACGCUACUGUUUACGGGGAUGGGACCUACUUUGCCAAAGAGACGUGGUACUCGUGCCAGGAUGCCUACUCCAACCCAGACGCCAGUGGGCUAAAGUACAUGUACCGUGCCAGGGUGCUAGUGGGUAAUCCCUGCCUAGGGGUGGGGGGCAUGAAGGAGCCGAACCCUCUGAACCCUACUGAUCUCCAUCAGGGCCUGCAUGACUGUGCUGUCAAUGACCUGCAGAAUCCCUUUAUCUAUGUGGUGUUCUGUGAUGCAGGGGCCUACCCCGACUACCUCAUCAGCUUCAAGACAGUCUGAGAGAGACAGUGAGGCGCCUGUUGGCCUUUUUUUUAAGAAUACAGAACUGAAACGCCAAUACUACAAAAUGUAACAUUUGCACUCUAUAAACUGUAGAAACUAUAUAUACAAAAGUAUGUGGACACCCCUUGAAAUUAGUAGAUUUGCGCUUUCAGCCACACCCAUUGCUGACAGGUGUAUAAAAUUGAGAACACCACCAUGCAAUCUCCAUAGACAAACAUUGUCAGUAGAAUGGCUUUAUUCAAGAGCUCAGUGACUUUCAAUGUGGCACCGUCAUAGGAUGCCGUCUUUCCAACAAGUCAGUUAGUCACAUUGCUUCCCUGCUAGAGCUGUUCCGGUCAACUGUUAGUGCUGCUUGUUGUGAAGUGAAAACAUCUAGGAGGAACAAUGGCUCAGCUGCCAGACAAUCAAGGCCAAACGAGUUGGCAGAACGGGACCGCCGAGCGCUGAAGUGCGUAGCACGCAAAAAUAGUCUGUCGUUGGUAGCAACACUCACUACAGAGUUCCAAACUGCAUUUGGAAGCAAUGUCAGCACAAUAACUGUUUGUCGGGAGCUUCAUGAAAUGGGUUUCCAUGGCCGCACACAAGCCUAUGAUCACCAUGCUCAAUGCCAAGCAUCAGCUGGAAUGGUGUUAAGCUCGCCGCCAUUGGACUCUGGAGCAGUGGAAACGCAUUAUCUGGAGUGAUGAAUCACGCUUCACCAACUGGCAGUCCGAUGGACGAAUCUGGGUUUGGCGGAUGCCAGGAGAAUGCUACCUGCCCCAAUGCAUAGUGACAAUUGUAAAGUUUGGUGGAGGAUAAAUAAUGGUCUGGGGCUGUUUUUCAUGCUAGGCUAAGCCCCUUUGUUACAGUUAAGGGAAAUCUUAACGCUACAGCAUACAAUGACAUUUUAGACGACUCUAUACUUCCAACUUUGUGGCAACAGUUUGGGGAAGGCCAUUUCCUUUUUCUGCAUAACAAUGCCCCUGUGCACAAAGUGAGGUCCAUACAGAAAUAGCUUGUUGAGAUCGGUGUGGAAGAACUUGACUGGCCUGAACAGAGCCCUAACCUCAACUCCAUUGAACACGUUUGGGAUGAAUUGGAACGUGACUGCGAGCCAGGCCUAAUUGCCCAAAAUCAGUGCCUGACCACACUAAUGCUCUUUUGGCUGAAUGGAAGCAAGUCCCUGCAGCAAUAUGCCAACAUCUAGUGGAAAUCCUUCCCAGAAGAGUGGAGGCUGUUAUAGCAGCAAGGGAGGACCAACUCCAUAUUAAUGCCCAGUGUUGUCUUACUCAAGACCUGUCUCAGUCUUGAGUCUGGUCUGGAGAUCACUUAUUGAGUGUCUUGGUCUUGUCUCAGACAGUGAGGACUAGUCAUUUCUUCUCCAGACCAGAAAAAUGUUUGCAGUCAGAGUGCAGUAUAACUGAAGUGAGAGUCAGUAUAACUCCAGUAUACUGCAUCCAAAAUGUAAGAACUUUACUGCAGUAAUUUUGCAGUGUGACUGUAGUUACAGUGCAGUAUAACUGCAGUAAUUCUGCAAUUACUGUGUCCGAAAUACCAGUCAACUGUAGUUUCAAAACUGCUAUCUUUUUUUGUAAGGGGAGUAAAAAGCUCAUUAUCAGCUUCCAUUCAGUCAGCACAUAAAACCGCACCGCCAGGCCAAAUAUAUACACACCUUUCUUGAAACUUUAAUAUCUUAACAUCAUCUAUUAUAGACAUGUUUGCACAGUCAUGAACCUUUUGGUAGGCCUUCAGUGUGUGACCAGUUUGUGAUUCUGAAAGGCUAGCAACCGUAAUAACAGCACAUUCAUGUAGGAGAGUGCACUUUUUGUAAAACACAAAGGAUCAGUAGUGGAGGGUAUACGCAGGUAUAAACCAUAUAACCACCUUUUUAAUACUCACUUCUUGUAGAGGAGGUACGAUUUAUCAAUAAUAUAGUACAAUAGAGAAAUCAUGCACAAAGUAGCCUACACAAUCGCAAAGCAGUGAAAUAAAUGCACAUGUGUGCUGCUCAUAUAGCCUAGUUUCAGCGGAAAUUCAUCUGCAGGCAGAAGUGUGCAGCUGACCACUUGCGCAAUGUAGCCGCCUACGGGUAUUCUUCAACAUAAAUGAGUAAAACUACGUCACAAUGCUGUAGACACCUUGGGGAAUACGUAGAAAAAGUAAUCUGGUUGAUAGCCCAUUCACUGCACAAUAGGGAUGCAUUGGAACACAGAGCUUUCAAAAGAUGAGUCACUUCCGGAUUGGAUUUUUCUCAAGCUUUCACCUGCAAUAUCAGUUCUGAUAUACUCACAGACAAUAUUUUUACAGUUUUGGAAACUUUAGUGUUUUCUAUCCUAAGCUGUCAAUUAUAUGCAUAUUCUAGCAUCUUGUCCUGACAAAAUAUCCCGUUUAAUAUGGGAACGUUAUUUUUCCAAAAAUGAAAAUACUGCCCCCUAGUCACAACAGGAUAUUAUAAUUAAGGUCCUUGUGUAAUUGUAAUGUGAUAUUGUACCCCCUUGCUCGAUUGUCCAUUGUUUGUCAUCUAUGUAUGGUCGUGUUCCCUCAUGUGCUUUAUGUAUUGAUUUGUUGUUAAUAAUAAGAAAAGAA